AUGACUGACACCCGGCGGAGGGUGAAGGUUUACACGCUAAAUGAGGACCGCCAGUGGGACGAUCGAGGCACAGGGCAUGUGUCCUCUUGCUACGUGGAGAGGCUCAAGGGCAUGUCCCUGCUAGUCAGGGCAGAGAGUGAUGGUUCUCUUCUUCUGGAGUCAAAAAUUAACCCAAACACUGCGUACCAGAAGCAGCAGGAUACCUUGAUUGUGUGGUCUGAAGCUGAAAAUUAUGAUUUGGCACUUAGCUUUCAAGAAAAAGCAGGAUGUGAUGAAAUAUGGGAAAAAAUAUGUCAGGUUCAAGGCAAAGACCCUUCUGUUGAUAUUACUCAGGACCUUGUCGAUGAAUCUGAGGAGGAACGUUUUGAUGAUAUGUCAUCACCAGGUCUAGAAUUGCCAUCCUGUGAAUUAAGCCGGCUAGAAGAAAUUGCAGAACUUGUGGCAUCUUCACUGCCUUCACCAUUACGUCGUGAAAAACUCGCACUAGCACUGGAAAAUGAGGGCUAUAUUAAGAAGCUCUUAGAAAUUUUUCAUGUGUGCGAAGACUUGGAGAACAUUGAAGGACUACACCACUUAUAUGAAAUUAUCAAGGGAAUUUUCCUUUUGAACAGAACUGCACUAUUUGAAGUCAUGUUUUCCGAGGAAUGUAUAAUGGACGUAAUCGGAUGCCUAGAAUAUGAUCCGUCUUUAUCACAGUCACGGAAACACAGGGAAUUUCUGACUAAAACAGCAAAAUUUAAAGAGGUGAUACCUAUAUCUGAUCCAGAGCUGAAGCAAAAAAUACAUCAGACAUACAGAGUACAGUAUAUUCAAGAUAUGGUCCUACCUACUCCCUCAGUUUUUGAGGAAAAUAUGCUAUCAACACUUCAUUCUUUCAUCUUUUUUAAUAAAGUGGAAAUAGUUGGUAUGUUACAGGAAGAUGAAAAAUUUCUGACAGACUUGUUUGCACAGCUAACAGAUGAAGCCACAGAUGAGGAGAAAAGACAGGAAUUGGUAAACUUUCUGAAAGAGUUUUGUGCAUUCUCUCAAACACUGCAACCUCAAAACAGAGAUGCGUUUUUCAAAACCUUGUCAAAUAUGGGCAUACUGCCAGCACUAGAAGUUAUAUUGGGGAUGGAUGAUGCACAAGUACGAAGUGCAGCCACUGAUAUAUUCUCAUAUUUGGUUGAAUACAACCCAUCCAUGGUACGAGAGUUUGUCAUGCAGGAAGCACAGCAGAAUGAUGAUGAUAUAUUACUCAUCAACCUCAUUAUAGAACACAUGAUUUGUGACACAGAUCCAGAACUCGGAGGGGCAGUGCUGCUGAUGGGUUUGCUUCGUACUUUAGUUGAUCCAGAAAAUAUGCUUGCCACUGCCAAUAAAACAGAAAAGACAGAGUUCUUGGGUUUCUUCUACAAACAUUGUAUGCAUGUUCUGACAGCCCCUUUACUGGCCAAUACUACAGAGGACAAGCCUAGCAAAGAUGAUUUUCAGACAGCCCAACUCUUGGCAUUAAUACUGGAAUUGCUAACUUUCUGUGUAGAACAUCAUACUUAUCACAUAAAGAACUACAUCAUAAACAAAGAUAUCCUGCGAAGGGUACUCGUUCUCAUGGCCUCAAAGCAUGCUUUCUUGGCAUUGUGUGCCCUUCGUUUCAAGAGGAAGAUAAUUGGGCUAAAGGAUGAAUUCUACAACCGUUACAUAAUGAAAAGUUUUUUGUUUGAACCUGUGGUCAAAGCAUUUUUAAAUAAUGGUUCCCGUUAUAAUCUGAUGAACUCUGCCAUAAUAGAGAUGUUUGAAUUUAUCAGAGUGGAAGAUAUAAAAUCAUUAACGGCUCAUGUAAUUGAAAAUUACUGGAAGGCACUGGAAGAUGUAGACUAUGUGCAGACAUUCAAAGGACUGAAACUACGAUUUGAGCAACAAAGGGAAAGACAAGAUAAUCCAAAACUUGACAGCAUGCGGUCCAUUUUGAGAAACCAUAGAUACAGAAGGGAUGCAAGAACCCUGGAGGAUGAGGAGGAAAUGUGGUUUAAUACUGAUGAAGACGAUAUGGAAGAUGGAGAGGCAGUGGUGCCCCCUUCUGACAAAACUAAAAAUGAUGAAGAUAUUAUGGACCCUAUCAGUAAAUUCAUGGAAAGGAAAAAAUUAAAAGAGAGUGAAGAAAAGGAAGUUCUUCUGAAAACUAACCUUUCAGGUCGUCAGAGCCCAAGUUUCAAGCUUUCCUUUUCUAGUGGUACAAAAUCUAACCUUACCAGCCAGUCAUCUGCAAGUAAUCUGCCUGGGUCCCCCGGGUCACCCGGAUCCCCAGGGUCCCCUGGGUCUCCAGGAUCAGUUUCUAAAAGCACAUCUCAGAUGGCAGCUAUCACAACUAAGGGAGGCCUUGUUGGGCUUGUAGAUUAUCCUGAUGAUGAUGAAGAGGAUGAUGAAGAUGAAGAUAAAGAGGAAACUUUACCUUUGUCAAAGAAAGCAAAGCUUGAGUCAUCAUAAUGGCAACUGCUGAAGAACCUUACUGGUUGGGGGAAGGAUCUUUUUUCCAAAAACAAAACAAACCCACAGCAAAGCAGCAAUCUUUUGUGAACUACUGUGUGUGACACAGAUCAACCUAUACAAAUGGAUUUCUGCCAAUCAAGUGCCAAUUCAAAGGAGCAGAAGGAGGGGGAAUACUGCGUUUAGGGGAAAGACUUACGCCUUUGAGCUCUCCAGCUUGGACCACACGUUGCCCUUUUCUCAGGGAAGGAAAUGGAAAACAAAACAAAAACAAAAAAAGCCAACAGGGCAGGAGUUUUGUUAGUGGAACUCUGGAUUGGCUGGUCAGUUGCUACAAUCAGAAUAUGCUUUCUUGGACCAUGUAUGAGACUUCUGAAGAAGAGGCGAUUUUUGCCCUAAUUCUUCACUAGUUAAGAAUGCCAGCAGUUUCUUUGUAUAAAAGAGACCUGCCUUUGAAAUCGUACAUUCUGAACAUUUUACUCAAGCUACAACAGGUUUUAAAAACCUCU